AUGUCGGCCAUGAUCCCGGUCGCUUUACUCUUGGUAGCGCUUCUCGCGUUGUAUAUGUACGGCACGAGAAAUUUCAAGUAUUGGGAGCAGAGGGGUGUGAAGUAUGUUCCUCCGUGGCCCUUUGUCGGCAACAAUGGGAGGAUCUACCUCAUGCGGCGGAGUAUGACCGAGGAAAUCGUCUCCGCAUACUGGGACUACCCCGAGGAGAAGGUGGUCGGUUGCUUCUGGGCCACAAAGCCGGAGCUGGUUAUCAGGGAUCCGGACAUCAUUAAGCGAGUGCUGACCAGCGACUUCUCGUCCUUCUACCCGCGCGGCUUGAACACUCACAAAGAAAUCGUCGAGCCCCUGCUGCGCAAUUUGUUCUUCGCGGACGGCGACCUUUGGCGGCUGCUGCGCCAGCGGAUGACGCCAGCGUUCACCAGCGGGAAGCUGAAAGCGAUGUUCCCGCUGAUCGUGGAAAGAGCUGAGAAGCUGCAGGCACGGGCUCUGGGCACCGCGUCCACGGGUCAGAUCCUAGACGCCCGCGACCUCAUGGCCCGCUACACGACCGACUUCAUAGGGGCAUGCGGCUUCGGUCUCGACGCUGACUCCCUUAGCGAUGAGGAGUCCGCAUUCAGGAAACUAGGCGCGAAAAUCUUCAAAGCCGGCCCGAAGGAGAUUUUCGUUGCCAUGCUGAAAGAAGUGUUUCCCGAAAUGUGUAAACGCCUGAAGUAUUUGUACAGAGUCGAGAAGGACAUGAUCGAUCUUGUCAAAAGUAUUCUUAAAGUGAGAAAUUACGAGCCGACUGGUAGGAACGACUUCAUAGAUUUGUUACUCGAGUGCAAGAAAAAGGGAAUAAUUGUGGGGGAAUCGAUCGAAAGGCUGAAAGCAGACGGCACUCCUGAGACAGCGACAUUGGAAUUGGACGAUAAGCUGAUAGCAGCGCAGGUGUUUGUCUUCUUCGCAGCCGGCUUUGAAACUUCGUCUUCCGCCACCAGUUUCACCUUGCAUCAGUUAGCGUACAACCCGAAGGAGCAGGUGAAAGUUCAAGAAGAACUAGACACUGUCCUUGCCAAAUAUGAUAACAAAAUAAGCUACGAAGCAGUCAAAGAAUUGACAUACCUAAGCUGCUGUUUCAAAGAGGCGAUGAGGAUAUUUCCCUCGUUGGGUUUCUUGAUCAGACAAUGCGUCCGCAAGUACACUUUCACCGAAAUCAACUUGACCAUAGACGAGGGAGUGUACAUAUUAAUUCCCGUGCAAGCGUUGCACAAUGAUCCUAAAUACUUUGAGUGUCCAGAAGAGUUCCGACCAGAGAGAUUUUACCCGGAAAAUUUCAAUUCUAUAGAAAAAUUUACUUAUCUACCUUUCGGCGAGGGACCACGAACUUGUAUCGGCGAGCGCUUGGGCAUGCUACAGUCGUUAGCCGGCCUCGCGGCCAUCCUGAGCCGCUUCACCGUGGAACCUGCCCCGGAAACGUUGCGUUAUCCGAAGAUCGACCCAACUUCCGGCAUAGUUCAGACUAUCAAAGGGGGGCUGCCUUUGCUUUUUCGCAGAAGAGCUAUAUCG